UUCAAAGGAGGAAAAAGGAGUGUCAAACCUCCGUAAAUAAACGAAAAGCCAGUGUCCUUUACACCCAGUCUGCUGACUCACCUCCUCAAUCCACCACCAGCCCUGCAUUCCUUCCAAGCCAUCCUCGCCCUUUUUUUUUUUGUUCGUCUUCCCUUCGGUUCGUUUUCAUUUUUAGAUCUGACAGACAAAGGGGAGAACCGCAGCUAUGGGAAAUGCUAAUGGCCGAGACGAGGUAGCCAACAUCAGAGACGAUCCGACCGCCAGAUCCAAUGGGGACUCCGGUGUCCGUGACAUCUACGCUCCCAACUCCACCCACCCUGCCCGCGUCGCCUCCUCCGAUUCAAUGGGGAACACGCCUCCUCAGAGCCCCGGACGCUCUCGAUCGCCUCUCAUGUUCGCUCCUCAGGUUCCAAUAGCUCCUCUCCAAAGGAGAGAUGGCCCUCCAUCUUUGAAUCAAAUGUGGCAGAAUGAAUCUCAAGGAGGAGUUGAACAUCCUCCUGAGCAAGGAAUCCCCAUCAUGAUUGCAUGGAACUAUGGUGGUAAUGAUGUGGCUGUGGAAGGAUCUUGGGACAACUGGACAUCAAGGAAGACACUGCAACGGUCAGGCAAGGAUCACUCCAUUCUCUUGGUCCUGCCUUCAGGUGUGUACCAUUACAAGUUUAUUGUGGAUGGAGAAUGGAGAUACAUUCCAGAUCUUCCUUUCAUAGCUGAUGAGAUGGGACGUGUUUGCAAUCUUCUUGAUGUCAAUGACUAUGUGCCAGAGAACCUUGAGAGUGUGGCAGAGUUUGAAGCUCCACCAUCACCAAACUCUAGCUACAGUCAAGCAUUCCCGGCAGAGGAAGAUUUUGCCAAGGAGCCAGUACUAGUUCCACCCCAGCUGCAUUUGACUGUCCUUGGUAUGCCAAACUCGGAAGAACCUUCCUGUUCAAAGCCUCAACAUGUUGUGCUUAACCACCUUUUCAUAGAGAAGGGAUGGGCUUCUCAGUCUGUGGUUGCUCUGGGUCUUACCAAUAGGUUUCAGUCCAAGUAUGUCACUGUUGUCCUUUAUAAGCCACUGAAAAGGUAAAACCCACAUUACUUUUUGUGCUUUUCUUGUAAAGAAAAAAAGAAUGUUCACAUUUGUGAAGGUGUCUCUGUUAAUAGAACUGCCUGGCCUUUGACUUUCGCCCA